GCCAACGCCAAACUGACGGGAAAUCGACACGUAGACGCGCCCCUCCCCUCCAUCUUCUGCCCGUGGACAACGAGGCGAAACAAGCGCUGUGCUUGGUCUGGCUGGGCCGCUGUGGGGGGAUCUCGAAAGGGGGGUUUGGGUUCUGGCUGAGCAACGGCGGGCCGACACAUGUUUCUCCUCAGGCUCCUUUUUUUAGGCCUUGGGCUGCAGCUGCUACACUCCGCAGAGUGACGGGUGCCCAUCCAGGACCCUGAGGCUGCGUUGUCCGCCGUUGACGUGUGAAGGCAGCUCUCGACAGCAUGCGCAAUGUGGACGGCAUGGAGCCCCGUUCUGGCGGGCGUGACGAGAUUGGAUGCCGUGGCCCCCAGGGCUCGGACAGCUCUGCGACGGGUCUGCCGUCCAAGUCGAUGGAUAGGACGAAUCCGGAUGAGUGGGCACCCGUCUUGGUCGCCCUCGCCAGCCUGGCCUUGCCCGCUCGGCGAUUUGUCCCGGCAGAUCUGUUUCGAAACAUUUUCCAGUCCCGGCCUAGCAUGCAACGCUCCAAGCCAGCCGCUAGCCCAGACCCCUGCUACAGUCCGCUUCUCGGCAACAUCAGGCGGCCAUCCCCUUCGCCAGUGCCCAUGGCGCGCGAGCCACCGGCAAAUCAAGACCCCAGCAUCUAUCCCACCCGAAAAGAGUCAUACUCAGUGUGA